UACCUUUUAAGUGUUGCUGACAAGCCAUUGAUAGCCGGGCGGUUAUUAAAUGACUGCACAGCUGCUAAUUGUUCGACAAAAACCGUCGUUGCUUGUAAGACAAGUAGAGGACUGACGGAUAUUACCACCGGCAGUCAUGUCGUACUGCAAGCAAGAGGGUAAAGAUCGCAUUAUCUUCGUUACCAAGGAAGACCAUGAAGCGCCCAGCAACGCUGAGCUCAUUGCAGACGACCCCAAUGACCCCUACGAAGAUCAGGGCCUAAUCCUGCCCAGUGGGGAGAUCAACUGGAACUGUCCAUGCCUGGGAGGGAUGGCUAGCGGGCCCUGUGGGACACAGUUCAAGGAGGCCUUCUCCUGCUUCCACUACAGCAAUGAGGAGGUGAAGGGUUCAGAGUGUAUCGACAACUUCCGUGCUAUGCAGGAGUGUAUGCAGAAGUACCCCGAGCUCUACCCCCAGGAGGAUGAGAAUGAGGGAGCCACCCCAGGAGGGGCUGACGCUGCUGCCCCUCCCCCCAUUGAUUAUACUGCACCUGCCCCCGUGCCCGCUGAGGACUCUUCCCCAGCCUCAGUGCCCUCUAGUAACUCUACCACGUCCCCACCAACACCUGAGUAUGCCCCGUCAUCCGACAAUACACCACCCACAGACAGCCAGGCUGCCAGCUAAAAUCACCCACCAUCCCCCAGUCUCUCUCUGAAACCACUGCCGAGCACAGGCCACUCUCAGGGGAGUUCAGCUGUGUGUUCACUGGUGCCUCAGACCCGUUCUCUUCGUUUAACAUUAAUCACAAAGGAUAAUGACUUUAAAGGGGGCCUAGUACUGCAGAGUAGUUGUCUCUUACAGGAAUAUCAGUUAAUGCUGUGAGAGGAGGACAAUACAAAAUCAAUACCAAUCUAUUUCAUAGGCUUUAUUGUAGUGGUUGUUGAGCUCCUGAGGUUCCUACAGUGCCGAGUUUGUGGGGUGGGGUGGGGUGGUUUGCUGCAGAGGACUACAGUUAAGACUCGCAACCAACAUUUUAUGCUGCUUAUCAAGCUUCAAAUCAGAUAUAUUGUGCCAUUCUGCGUUAAUGCUACACUGGAGGUGUGUAACCUACUGUCAAUGUUACUGGUCAGACUAGUUUGUGAUCACUUGACUUCAUGUUUGUGCUUGACGGAUCAUAGUAAGCGAUUGAGCUAGUAUUAAAGCUUGAUUACUCUUGUGUACUCAAUUGCUGGCCAAAGAUCAUGUGACAUGUCUGUUUUUCCACUUAAGUUUUGUCAAAAGUCCUGAACGUCGCUGGUGGCAGCAAGUUUUUCCACCAGUCUGUAUUUUUCAGUUAAAUCUGAGUUUUAGCACACAGCCUACAUUACCUCACUAUUAUUUAAUUGAUUUUUCCAUCUAAUGACCACCCUUCAUAAGCCAUACCCUAAGAAAGUGGAAAUCCAUUGUGUCUAUGCAAUAAUUUCCUCUUAAGGAGAGAAUGAAACACUGUGAGCCUUGGGUUUGUUUAUGGGGUGCAUAAUGCAGUCUCCAUGGAAGAGAGAGGUUGGAAAUGUAUUGGACAGUGACACUACUAAUCAGAGGGGGAGCUUUGGAACACUGGGGCUGAAUCCUAACUUGAGAUGUGUGUUUAUAAUGCACACUUUUAUGCAAAUCGCAAUAACAUCAAUACAUGAUUUAUGUGAACAUCUGAGAUGUAAUGUGUGUAAAUCUCAGGAUUUGGGCCUUUGAGAUACUUUCGGUCAUGUAGUGUAUGUGGACACCUGCUCGUCGAACAUUUCAUUCCAAAAUUAUGGGCAAAGGUGUUCGAUGGGG